AUGCAAGGAAAAGUCGGAAAUACAAAGAGAAGUCAGAAAGGCAACGAGAAGUUGGAAAGUCAACGAGAGAUAGGAAAGGCAAGGAUAAGUCAGAAUGCAAACGAGAAGGCAGAAAGGCAACGAGAAGUCAGAAAUGCAAGGAGAAGUCAGAAAGGUAACGAGAAGUCAGAAAGGCAAGGAGGAGUCGGAAAGGCAAAAAGAAGUCAGAAAGGCAAAGAGAAGUCGUCAGAAAGGCAACGAGAAGUCAGAAAUACAAGACGUCAGAAAGGCAAGGAGAAGUCAGUAAGGCAAGGCAGAAAUGCAAGGAGAGGUAAAGAAAGGCAAAAAGAAGUCAGAAAGGCAAAUAGAAGUCAGAAAGGCAAAUAG